CGCCAUCACACUGAGCGGCUACGGCGAGCAGGACGGCGACAGCAGGGCCACCAUAGCAGCGCAGUCUUUUAUUACUGUCAUAUUAUUUUAUUAUAACGACCAUGGAAUAUAGCGCUGCGGACUAUUAGACGUCUCUGAACUGGGCCUCUGUUUUGGCGGCGCACAACGCAAUGUGGAGGAAAUAAAGAUCCUGAUACGCUGAAAACCAGAGGUAUGAGUCUUCACACUCCACUGGACAUUUAUUAUAGAUAAUGGGCUGUGUGCAAUGCAAGGAUAAGGAGGCAACCAAACUCACAGAUGACCGAGACAACAGCACCUCCCAGGGAGCGGGCUACCGCUAUGGAGCUGACCCCACGCCACAGCACUACCCCAACUUCGGGGUCACCGCCAUCCCCAACUACAACAACUUCCAUGCUCCUGUAGGACAGGGGAUGACCGUCUUCGGGGGAGUCAGCACUUCCUCACACACGGGAACGCUGAGGACCCGUGGUGGAACAGGAGUCACCCUCUUUGUGGCACUUUAUGACUACGAGGCACGGACAGAAGAUGACCUCAGCUUCAAGAAGGGAGAGAGGUUCCAGAUUAUCAACAGCACUGAAGGGGACUGGUGGGAUGCUCGCUCCCUCACUACUGGUGGCAGUGGCUACAUUCCCAGUAAUUAUGUGGCUCCAGUGGACUCUAUCCAGGCUGAAGACUGGUACUUUGGUAAACUGGGCCGUAAGGAUGCAGAGAGGCAGCUACUGUCUACUGGCAACCCUCGAGGCACCUAUCUCAUCCGAGAAAGUGAAACCACAAAGGGUGCCUUCUCCUUAUCCAUACGGGACUGGGAUGAUCUCAAAGGCGACCACGUCAAGCAUUAUAAGAUCCGCAAGCUAGACAGCGGCGGCUAUUACAUCACCACCAGGGCUCAGUUUGAAACACUGCAGCAGCUGGUUCAGCACUACUCAGAUCGAGCUGCGGGGCUCUGCUGUCGCUUGGUGGUUCCCUGCCACAAAGGCAUGCCCCGCCUCGCUGACCUGUCAGUCAAAACCAAAGACGUGUGGGAGAUCCCACGGGAGUCGCUGCAGCUGAUCAAGCGUCUCGGGAAUGGGCAGUUUGGGGAGGUUUGGAUGGGAACGUGGAAUGGCACCACUAAGGUGGCAGUGAAGACUCUGAAGCCUGGCACGAUGUCCCCGGAGUCCUUCCUGGAGGAGGCUCAGAUCAUGAAGAAACUCCGUCAUGAUAAGCUGGUGCAGCUUUACGCCGUCGUGUCUGAGGAGCCCAUUUACAUCGUCACAGAGUACAUGGGCAAAGGAAGCCUGCUGGACUUUUUAAAGGAUGGAGAAGGACGAGGGUUAAAACUGCCUAACCUGGUGGACAUGGCGGCACAGGUGGCAGCAGGUAUGGCCUACAUCGAGAGGAUGAACUACAUCCACAGAGACCUACGCUCUGCCAACAUCCUGGUCGGCGACAACCUGGUGUGCAAGAUCGCCGACUUUGGCCUGGCAAGGCUCAUCGAAGACAACGAAUACACGGCUCGGCAAGGUGCAAAGUUUCCCAUCAAGUGGACCGCCCCAGAGGCCGCGUUGUACGGGAAGUUUACCAUCAAGUCAGACGUGUGGUCGUUCGGCAUCCUGCUGACGGAGCUGGUCACCAAGGGUCGGGUGCCUUACCCAGGUAUGAACAACCGAGAGGUGCUGGAGCAGGUGGAGCGGGGCUACAGGAUGCCGUGCCCACAGGACUGCCCCAUUUCGCUGCACGAGCUGAUGCUACAGUGCUGGAAGAAGGACGCAGAGGAGCGGCCCACCUUUGAGUACUUGCAAGCCUUCUUGGAAGACUACUUCACAGCCACCGAGCCUCAGUACCAGCCCGGGGACAACCUCUAACCCACCGCUACCACCCCCCACACCCUGUUCUUGCUUUCUCUCUCUGUCUCUCUCUCUCUCGGGAUCAGCUCGAGGCCUGGACACGAAUGGCUACAGCAGUGCUAUAUAAAAAACAAAACAAAAACAAAAAAACUCUGGAUCCUUUUCAGCCUGGCCUUUUUAUGUUAGGGAUGUGUACAGCUUCCUCAGCUCAACUUGGGUUCCAAUACAAACUCCCUGACGACACCGCCCUCAGUCUCCGACACACCCCCUAGCGUCUGAACUCUGUAAAUGCCAUAGUUAACAAAGCUGAUGGACGGUGUUAACUGGGGGUUGUGCUAAUGCAGUUCCUUGUAUUCAAUGUAAAUAAGAAAAGCUUGUUUUAGUUUGUCUGCUUCCGUUUCAGAUUUUAUUUUCUUCUGCACAAAAGUAAUAAUAAUGAUAAAAGGAAGUCAAGUACCUGAGCAGGCACAGUUAAUCUGUAUGUGUAUUAUACUGUAGCUUCUCUAUUAUUUUCUAGAGAUUGAAUUGGAAAGCUCUAUAUUUUUUUCUCAUUUCCUAUUAAAGAGAAUUCAUCGCUUUAUUCUCUACUUUUCAGUUACACGUGUUAUUGCAAAAAGUUUCUCCUGGUGAGCAUGACACAGUCCACCUCUUUUUUCUUCUUUUUUUUUGCCUUCCCGUCAGAAAAGCUUCUAGUUAGGCUGCUGCUGCUGCAGGUUCUUUUACAAACGAUCUGCCACAUUUUUGUAAAUCACAGCAACGUACAAGGAUUUUGACAUAUCCCUCAUUGCCAUUUGGGUGGAAAUGUUUCUGUCUUUAUACCACUGGUGUGUUAUUUUGUAGCUGGGAGAAAAGAAAGAUUUUCAUUUAAGAGUAUAAAUGUCUUUGAUUGAGAAUCUUCAUUUUGAAACAGAUCGUGGGAUUUUUCCUCCUGCACGUCCUCCACCCGAGCCUGCAGGAUCAACAGGCUGCACCUGAACCAGGACCAUCUUACCUCCUGAGCUGCUUCUUUCUUCUUUUAUGUUUAAGUUUUUAUUUAACCCUUUUAGGUGAUCCUUCGAGAGACAUUUGGACUAUAUGAUCAGUUGCGCUCUGGACCAGUUCAUGUGACAGAAGUCUGAAUGUGAAACGCAUUGAAAAUGAAUUGAAAUCAGCUCUGGUCUGGUCUGGUCUUAAUGCAGAUGGUUUCACAGCCAUUGGUAAAUCCUCAUUUUUCAGUUGUACAGCUAAAUGGGUUUUAAGUGUCGCUAACUUCUCUCCUUUGUAUCUUGCAUUUCCAUUUUUUAUUAACAUGACUUGUUUUGUUAAUUCAGUGAUUUGGCGUUUGGAACUCAGAAAAGACCAAUAAACAUUUUACACUCUU